AUGGACCUCAGGACCCUGACCAAACCCGUGGGCAUCGUGCGGAUGUUGGAGGUGGUGCUCACCGUUAUUACCUUCAGCCUGGUGGCGUCAGUCGGACACUCCACUCACUCUUUCUGGGUGUGGAGCAUGUUUGUGUGGGUCCUCUGCUUCGUUGUCACCUUCCUCAUCCUCAUCAUGGAGCUCACUGGCCUCAGCUCCAAAGUGCCGAUCUCCUGGGGCGACUUCACCACCGCCUUCGCCAUGUUGGCCACACUGAUGGUGGGUCUGAUUUCCUCUGUUAUUACCUGUGUAUGUAUGGACAGAUAAAGUCCUGUAGAGACCAGCCAUCGUUACUGUCUCUAAGAAACUCUUUGAGUCUGCAGACGUGUUUCCAAACAGAGAUUUUCAAAAUAAAAUAGGGACUAAAAAGGAUAACAGAAAUGCUCUCUGUCUACUCAGAGCCAUAAAAUUUAUAGACUCACUAUUAUCUGUGAGUGUGGCCUUAAAGUACCUGAACCUUAUCAGCUGUUACUAUGACGAACAGAUCAUCAGCAGACUUUUGACAUUAUAGCAGUAAAUACAUAUGGUCAAAUCAAGACAGUUAGAGGGUUUGAGACGUUCAGACCAGGUUCAGCUGACAGAGAAGAGAUCUGGAUCCAUGGACAGAAACCAGUUCGUCUUCAGAGACCACAUCUAACGUCGUCGUCAUGGAAAUGUGUGAGUUACAGAGAAAAGCCUCAGGUUCCUGUCGAACAAACAAACGUGGUUAUGUUGUUCAUGAGACGUGACUGAGGUCUCUACUUCCUGUUUGCUUUGAGUCAGGACAUGAACCCCCCAUCCCCCCUGCAGAUCACUCAGCUUUAGAUCUGAACUAAGACUUCUACCGUCUGACCCUGAACCCCGAACCGCACAGUACAGUGUGAUCACGGUCGUCCAGACUUCAGAGACAUGAGAUUAAAAACAAAGAGAAUUUCACUCAUUCCCAUCCUGAGGGGCCUCGUCCCAAAACCAGAGAGGACAAAUCCAUGUCCCAGUCUGACCAGUCUGAGUCAGAAACAUCAUGGAAGGGACAGGAACCAAAAACCCACUGGAGCCCCAAUGUCUUUCACUGAGUCCACGAGCAAAACUAGCUGACGAAUCCUGAGAGGCAGUCAGAGCAAACAAGUACCGAGGAAUCAAUCAUGGCAGACAGGAGACAAAGGAGACAAAGGAGACAGGCUGCUUUCAGCUCAUAAACUCUGAGUGUGUCUGAGAUACAAAGAAACUCGGAGUUAUUUUAGUCCAAUGAUCCGUUUUUGUUUGAGCUGACUAUAUCAGGUUGGUUCUGGUAUCGAUUAAAAGUUCUAAUUAAAACUUUGUUAAAGUAAACGACCGUUUAAAAACUUGGAUUUAAAAAUGUUUUAAGCCUUAAAUUUAUUAAUGUUCAAACAUUUGGAAGACUUCAGGUGUGCUAUUAGCCCCGCCCCUUCCUUAAAAUACUUCAGGUGUGCUGUUUGCCCCGCCCCUUCCUCAAAGUACUUCAGGUGUGCCGUUUGCCCCGCCCCUUCCUUAAAAUACUUCAGGGGUGCUGUUUGCCCCGCCCCUGCAGGUGUGGUGUGUCUGAAAAAGGUUACAGGUAUCUGUUUGCUAACACCUCACUUCCGUCUUACGUUGUCCCUCCUGCAGGUUCUGUCCGUCUCAGUCAUCUUCCCGCUGGCCUUCGCUUGCUCUUCUUGCAGUGAAUUCAUUGCCGCCAGUGUGACUUCCUGUCUGGUCUUCAUCCUGUAUGCCGUUGAGGUGGGGCUGACUCGGGCUAAAGCUGGCGAGAUCAGCGGCUUCCUGUCUACAGUCCCGGGUCUCCUGAAGGUCCUGGAGGCCUUCGUGUUGUGCAUCAUCUUCAUCUGCCUUCCUCCCAUCAGAGCGUACUCCCAAUUUCCUGGGCUGCAGUGGUGCGUCGCCGUCUACUCCAUCUGCUUCAUCUACGCCCUCCUCAUCAUCAUCUUCACCAUCGGCCGCCUCCUGUCACUCCUCCCCGCGCCCUUUAAUAAGGUCCUGAUCUGUUGUAAUGUCAUGGCGGUACUGAUGCACAUGACGGCCGUGGUCAUCUGGCCGUACUACAGCCUGAGGAACAACCCCAGGCCAGAAAUCUGCUCUUUGGUCAGGUUGUGUCCGUGGGAUGACCUCGUGGUUAUCGCCAUCCUGACCUGUGUUAACCUGAUCGCUUUCAUCGUAGACACCGUUUAUUCUGUCAGGCUAAACUUCUUCAUCAGCAGAACCUAA